UGUGUUUUCACCUCUGAGGACUCGCCAAACUAAAGGCGCGUGCGGUGCCUUGCGUGCGUCAUGGACCUGAUGGAUCAGAGUCGCGGGAGCAUGCGCGUGGAGAACGAGCGGUUACGGCGGGAGAAUGAGGAGCUGAAGCUCGUACUGGCGCUCGUGAAGGAGAACCAGGACUUGCGGUCCAAACUGUACGGCAACAACACGGACACUUCUGUUGAACAAGAGCCGGUGCCGACAGCAGGGGGACGCGUAGCCUCCGUGGAUGAGCACGAGGAGCCAGUAGCGACAGCCCCGUCCCCCCUUCCUAAGGCCCGGUCGGUGACGUGGGACAUCUCCCUUGACAACGGCAGCUUCAGCACCAGUGUCCUGAAGGAGCCCUUCCGCACCUCGUCACCCUUAGAGACCAGCGUAACCAGGAAGUCAUCACCCUUAGAGACCAGCGUAACCAGGAAGUCAUCACCAAUGGAGACCAACGUAACCAGGAAGCCGUCGCCCUUGGAGACCAGCGUAACCAGGAAGUCAGCGCUGAAGAGCAGCCGGCGCGACCCCAAGCAAAGGUCAGAGGAGAGCAAAGUUGAGGCGCGUGUGGUGGGUGAGAUUGCGUUCCAGUUGGAUCGUCGGAUUCUGGCGCUGAUCUUCCAGGAGCAACAUCGAUUAUACGGGUUUACAGUGCAGAAUAUAGCAGACAAGAUCACACAGGUGUCUACCCACCCUGUAACAGGCGAGGUGGAUAAGUGUGUGCGCGCGCGUCUGUGUGAGCGCCACCUGGCGGUUACCGAGCGACUUGGUCGUCUUGGUUACGACAUGGCCGUGCACCCCGCCCUCUCCGAGCUGCUUGUCAACACCUACGGAAUCCUGCGACAGCGCCCCGACCCGCAGCAUUCCGAACCACAGCAUUCCGACACACAGCAUUCCGACCCGCAGCAGUCCGACGCGGAUUCCGAGUCCAACCCGCCUCUGGACCGGAGUUCCGAGCAGCAGCGUUCCGAGGCGGGCUCCGAGUCCCGUCGUCAUGACUACAGCUGUCCGGAGGUGCUGCGUCGCGUUGUCGUGGAGACUGUUCCUCCCUCGCUGCUGAAGGACGUUCUGCUGCUGCUCGUCUGUCUUAGAUACCUCGCCAAGCACGACGGCAAGCCCCUCCUACUCUGGUAGACAAGACACACCCCCACCCCAAGCCCCUCCUACUCUGGUAGAGGAGACACACCCCCACCCCAAGCCCCUCCUACUCUGGUAGACAAGACACACCCCUACCCCAAGCCCAUCCUACUCUGGUAGACAAGACACACCCCUACCCCAAGCCCCUCCUACUCUAGUAGACAAGACACACCCCCACCCCAAGCCCAUCCUACUCUGGUAGACAAGACACUCCUCUCUCCUCCUCUCCUCUCCGAUACCUGGCCAAGCACGACGGCAAGCCCCUCCUACUCUAGUAGACAAGACACACCCCCACCCCAAGCCCCUCCUACUCUAGUAGACAAGACACACCCCCACCC